AUGAAAUUUAAUAGCAUUUCACCAAAUAAACAACAUCAUACAGGAUUUACAACAUCAAACAAUGAAAAUUUAAAUCAACAAUUAAACCAAGUAUUAAUAUUAUUACAAACACUUCAAUCCCAAGCAAAAAAGAUAGCUUCUUUUCAAAAUCAAACAUAUGAAUGGAAUUUAAAACAUCAUCAAAAUUUAAAAAAUGUUUUAAAAUCAUUUAAUAGACUUAAUUCAAUUAUUGAUAGUAAAGGAUCAAAUAAUGAAUUAAAUGAAAAGGACAACAAUGAAUUUGAAAAUGGAGUAACAUUUCAUCAGAAAAUUAUUAAUACAUAUGAUCCAUUAGACCCAUUUUCAGAAGAAUUAGAAAAUUUAAUUAUGCAAAUUGAUAGGGGUUUAUUUCAUCAACUUAGAGAUGAUUCUCUUGAAAUCAUUUAUCCUUUCAUAUUAAAAUGGUUAAAAGAAAAUAACUCAUUAGUUUUAUCUUUGGUAUUAAUUUGGGAAUCAUCAACAAAGUUUCAUUAUUUAUUAAAUAAAAAAAAAUUUAAAGAAAUUAAUAAAAAGAUUUUAGAUUGUAUAGUUGAUUAUGAAAAUAAAGGAAUUAUUUCAACUCUAAUCAACCAAAAUGAAUUUCCAUUUUCAGAUGACGAAUAUAAUAAUUUAAAAAAGUUUUUAAAUGAUUAUUCAUAA